AUGAAGCAUUUCGACACUAAAGAUGGCAUACGCAUUCGACUCAUGGAUAUGGCAGACUACGAUCAAGUCAAGAUCUUUCUGAGAAACAAUUUCUAUAAUACUGAACCUUUGGCGGCCAGCUCUGGCGAGGACUUCCAGAAGCUCAAUGGUGAGGAGCAGUUCGUACUAGAGAACAUCAAACAGGGUUUAUCCAUUGUGGCCGUAGAUGCAGCAAAUUCGGGGCAACGCAUAGUAGGAUGUACUAUAGCAUGCAGACAAAAUGCUGGCUAUAUGCUUAAACUUUUGAAGGAAUCACCCGAUGAUGCUGAGCAUAGCAGCUGGCGAAAUAUGUUAGUCUUGUUCAACAAAGCUUCAACUGAGGCUAAUCUCCAUGAACGUUAUGGCGUUAAUCAGCUCCUGAUCAGCGAUAUGACCGCUGUAGAUGCUUCAAUGCGUGGCAAAGGAAUCGGUGCGCGUUUGACCAGCGCUCUAAUAGAACUUGGACGCGCUAAGGGAUUUGAAGUCAUGGUAGGCUUCUGCACAAGCUUCUACUCGUUAAGGCAAAAGAAAGCGUUGGGCAUGGAAUGCAUUCAUGAGGUGGCCUUUGCGGAUUUCUUGGAUGCCAAUGGCGAUGUGGUGUUUAAGCCACCAGCUCCACAUACUCAUUUUCAUCUAUUGGCUAUGAGGUUGUGA